ACAGCUUUCUAUCCAUAAUUCUUCUCCUAAUGGUGAUUGCUAUAGAGGCAACACCACCUGGAAUAGCUAAUAAUCCAAGCCAUGCAACAUGUAAGAUCAAGAAGUAUAAGCUUUGCUAUAAUCUUGUGCAUGUUUGCCCUAAAUUUUGUCCCAAUAGCUGCACCGUUGAAUGUGCUUCUUGCAAACCUAUUUGCACCAAUGGCUCUACUCCUCCACCCCAAGAUGGUUCUGAUUCUCCACCAGACUCACCGCCAGAGUCCAAAUCGCCAACUACUACACCCUCUUCUCCAUCACCUCCUACUACUACUCCCUCUUCUCCAUCAGGACCAUCACCUCCUACUGUUACACCAUCUUCUCCAUCGCCUACACCCUCUUCUCCAUCACCUCCUACUUCUAGACCCUCUUCACCAUCCCCUCCUAAUACUACUCCUUCCUCCCCAUCGCCUCCUACUUCUAAGCCAUCUUCUCCAUCUACUCCUGACACUACACCCUCUCCACCAUCACCUACUACUUCUACGCCCUCUUCUCCAUUACCUCCUACUCCUACGCCAUCUUCUCCAUCCCCUCCUGAUACUACACCCUCUUCUCCAUCGCCUCCUGACACUACACCUUCACCAUCACCUCCUACUUCUACGCCCUCUUCUCCAUCGCCUCCUACUUCUACGCCAUCUUCUCCAUCACCUCGUACUUCUACACCCUCUUCACCUUCCCCUCCUGAUACUACUCCCUCCUCUCCAUCUCCUCCUACUUCUAAGCCCUCUUCUCCAUCGCCUCCUACUCCUACACCGUCUUCUCCAUCCCCUCCUGAUACUACACCCUCUUCUCCAUCACCCCCUAAUUCUAAACCCUCUUAUCCACCUCCAUCUCGGAAGACAGCCAAGUGCAGAAACAAGUACUACCCUCAAUGUUACAAUAGUGAGCAUGUAUGCCCUAGUUCUUGCCCUGGUGGAUGUGAAGUCGAUUGUGUCACUUGCAAGCCUGUUUGCAAGUGUGAUAGACCAGGAGCAGUUUGCCAAGACCCACGUUUCAUUGGCGGAGAUGGCAUUACCUUCUACUUCCACGGCAAGAAGGACCGCGAUUUUUGCCUGGUUUCCGAUCCUAACCUCCAUAUCAAUGCCCAUUUCAUUGGCAAGAGAAAUGAGAACAUGACAAGAGACUUCACUUGGGUUCAAUCAAUUGCUAUCCUCUUCGACAAACACCAAAUCUUCCUUGCUGCUCUUAAAACCGCAACAUGGGAAGACUCUAUCGACCGCCUCGCGCUUUCCUUCAAUGGACAGCCCCUAACUCUCCCCCAAAACGAAGGCAGCACAUGGCAAUCUGGAAAUGCAAAUGGCCUAUCCAUUACUAGAAUUGGUGACACUAAUAAUGUUGAAGUUGAAGUUGAAGGAAAAUUCAAAAUUACAGCUAAGGUUGUGCCAAUAACUGAAGAAGAUUCAAGAAUUCAUAACUAUGGUAUUACUAAAGACGAUUGCUUUGCUCAUCUUGAUCUUGGGUUCAAAUUCUAUUCUUUAAGUGAUCAAGUGAAUGGUGUCCUAGGUGAAACGUAUAGACCAGGAUAUGUUAGUCGUAUAAAUGUAGGAGCUAAGAUGCCCGUGAUAGGAGGCGAUAAAGAUUUUGAAACGUCAAGCAUAUUUGCUGCAGAUUGUGCAGUAGCUCAGUUCAACAAUGGCAAUCGCCUCGAUGGAGAUAUGCAGGGUUUUGAGUUUCCAAGCUUAAGUUGUGCAAGUGGGAUUGAUGGUCAAGGAGUGGUGUGCAAGAGAUAAAAUUUGAAAGAAUUAAGUGUGUUAAGCACUGCCUAGAGGGUAAAAAGAUAAAAGGAAAUCUCUAGUGCUACUUGCACAUUAAUGUUUCGAUUGGUUAAUUUCAUUGAGUUUAUCCCUCUCUCUUAAUAAAAACGACAUAAAGAUUAAUUUGGAAUGAAAUUAGUAAAA